AUGUACAACUUUUUAGAAGGACUACGACAUGGCUCGCUAUGGGCGGUGAAGUUAUAUGAUGCUACGUCUUACUAUGGCGGCGGCGCAUUGGGUGGUGCAUCAAAUGUUCGGAUACACAAUCCGAACAUCUGCCGUUCGCUGCUCGAACAAUACAAAAAUCAAGUGCAACACGCCUCAUGGAGUUUUAUCGCGAAUGAAACUAUAGUACCAUUCGCCGUUCAAAUUAUUGUGGGUCAUUAUUUGUUGGAAAUCGUCUAUGAACGUGGUUUCAAGUACGAGAGGAUACAACAAUUAAUUUGUUUCCCCACGUCCUGUACGGCCAAAGACUUACAGCAAAUCCUUGAGGUGUACCUGUUCCAAAGUAAUCAUGUUGUCAGGAACAUUACAUAUCUGGGUCACCGCGCUCUAAACGAUUUAUACAGCAUUCGGAACGAUACGGACACAUAUGUUUUGAUCUAUUACUCGUUUAUCAAGAACUCUGAUUCGAGCACUGAAGCGUUUCAGAAAAAAAUCGGAUUCAUCGCGGAUUACAAAAACUCGGUUUUAGGUAAUAUUCAACAGACUCCCCGAAAGACUACAACCGGCACUGAUACUGUGGAUAUCAAGCUUGAAACUGCCAGGAUACAACAAGUUUCUGCAAAGAACAGAGCACAUAAGUUGGAUGAUAUCCUCUAUGCUGUGUCACCACACAAUGUUCUUUACAAUGUAUUCGUCGGGGAUGUGACGUCAUGCUCUCUUAUUUAUGCAAUUUUUACAUCGUUAUUGAUUCACGAAUAUCUGGAUACCCAAAUAAAAACACUUUCAAGCAACUUUGGGCAAAAGGAAAGCAAUCAAAUCUCAAUACCUUCAAUGCAGUACGCCAGUUUUCUAAUUGAUGUCUACUUCUUUGUCAACGUAAGUCCUUCAUUUGCAUUUUGUACUUUCGCUGAGCAUCUAUUGGAUAAGCACUUUCAUAAUAAUAUAGCAUUGGAAGUUCCAUCUUUGGAUUAUAAAACGUGCAAGAAUCGAUUAAUUAAUGUGCUUUAUAUAGACACAUUCUUUCCAUUAGACCAAAGGUGUAUGCCUUGGACGUGGUUUAUUUCGCUGGAAAUGCAAUUUUUCAUUGUGUCCUGUUUGGUCCUACUUCUUGCCAAAAUUCAGUCAACAUACGCUUCAAUUAUUGGAGGGACCGUUUUUUUAAACUCAAUACUUGCCGCUAUAGCAUGGGAAGGCAAUCCAACCACCAGCUCAGAAUACCUCAGAAUAUCGCAUGUAUCUCAUACGCUCAAGCAAUUAGCCGAAUUCAAUUUGCUUUUUGACAAUAUUUGGCUACGUAUUUUGCCAUAUAUAAUUGGUAUAUGCACCGGAUAUAUUUUUCAGCGUACACAAACAAAUACGAAAAUUGGUAUUGUGGUACAAAUUUGUGGAUGGUUCGCAUUUUCUCUUACCUUUGGCUUAUUUAUAUUUGGUCAUAAGUACAGUUAUGAAGCCUAUUUGCCUGGUCGUUGGUGCCAGGCAACAUUUGUCGCCAUUUCACAUGCUAUGUGGUCAUUAAUGCUGCUCUGGAUCACACUUAACACUGAAAUAUAUCAAGCGUUCAGACCAUUGAGUUCUUUGCUUCAGAGUAGAUACCUGUUCGCCCUAGAUCGCCUAGCGCCAAUAUGCUUACUCAUCGGCCCAAUCGUAAUUCGACUGCUCGUCUUCACAACAGACGCCCCAAUUUAUAAUUCCAUCUUACAAACCUUUACUAUAUUUAUUGGAUGUUUGCUAGUGACAUAUUUCUGCGCGUUCUUGCUACACUUCCUUUUCGAUGGACCACUUUUUGCCAUUCUACAUGAGGCAAUACUUAAAUAAAAGCCAAAGUAGAACAAAAAGAACUGUGUUGUCUCCGCUUAUCUUGCG